CUUUCAGGACUUUUCCCUGAUUAGACUUUAACUGAAGUAAAGGCUGUGAAUGCUUCCUCCACCACUGGACUUUUAUUUUGUAGUAGCUGUCAGCCUCAGCUGCGCCUCUUCAUCCUCUGAGCUCAGUCUCUGUCCGACUCUGCUUCAUCGCUGUUGUGGAUGUUGUUUUAUCAAGAACCAUGACCUCGCCUGCUCGUGUAAGUUUAUUAAUAACUCCAAUAAUUGAUUAAUUUCUUUAUUUCCCCGCCUGGACCGGGACUGGAUCUGCUCCUCCGGACUGGACUCUUCGUUGUAACGAUCCGUACUUCAGACUGAAAAAUAUAUCUGUACAUGUAUUCGUACAUGGCUGUGUCGAAGAGCACCGGCACCCUGAGGGACCUGCAGCUGGCUCUGCAGCUGAAGAUCGAGGAGCUCCGGCAGAGAGACUCUCUCAUCGAUGAGCUGGAGCUGGAGCUGGACACGAAGGAUGAUCUGAUCAGACAGCUGCAGAUCGAGCUGGACAAGCACCGCAGCGCUUCGCAGCACGCAGCCAACACCGGGGAGACGGCAAACACAGGAGCAGCGGUUCAGACUCCGGCAGCACCCGAUGAGCCUCAGCGAAUAAAGAGACAGGCCAUCUCUGCAGAGCCCACAGCGCUGGACCCCUCCCAGCUCACUGAUGUCACCCUCACCAGCUACUGCAAGACCAAAGAGUCUAGUGAGCUGAUCCAGAGGGCUCUAAUGGACAAUGACUUCAUGAAACAUCUGGAACACGGGCAGAUUCUCACCAUCAUGGACUGCAUGCAUCCCACCAGCUUGGCCAAGGGCUGCUGUGUCAUCCAGGAGGGAGAUGACGGCUCCACAGUCUACGUUCUGGAGGAGGGAAUGGUUGAGGUGACUAAACAAGGAAAGAAACUAUGCACCAUUGGUCAAGGAAAAGUGUUUGGAGAACUGGCGAUCCUGUACAACUGCACUCGCACAGCAACUGUGACAGCUCUGACUGACAUCAAGCUCUGGGCGAUUGACCGUCAGGGUUUCCAGACCAUUAUGAUGAGGACUGGUCUCAUCAAACAUUCCCAGUACACGGACUUCCUCCGCAGCGUUCCCUCUUUUCAGUCGCUACCUGAGGACAUUCUCAGCAAACUGGCUGAUGUUUUGGAGGAGACUCAUUACAGUGACUGUGAUUACAUUAUCCGUCAGGGAGCCACCGGAGACACAUUCUUCAUCAUCAGUGAAGGACAGGUGAAAGUGUCUCAGCAGAACUCACCCAGCGACGAGCAGGUGGCCGUGAAGACUCUCUGUAAAGGGGACUGGUUUGGAGAGCAGGCUCUGAAAGGUGAGGAUGUUCGAACAGCCAGUGUCACAGCUGUGGGAGACGUCACAUGUCUGGUCAUUGAUAGAGAGUCUUUCAAACAGCUGAUUGGAGGACUGGAUGAUGUUAACAACAAGCAGUACGACAGCGAUGAGGUCAAUGCAAGACUGCAGGCAGAGGCAGAUUUCUUUUCCAGUGUGUCACUUAGUGAUUUCAACUUCAUCUGCACUCUGGGGGUGGGAGGCUUUAGUCGUGUGGAGCUGGUGCAAUUAAAGAAUGAUUCCACUCGAUCGUUUGCCCUGAAAGUGUUAAAGAAGCGCCACAUCCUGGACACCAGCCAGCAGGGCCACAUCCUGUCGGAGCGCCGCAUCAUGAUGGAGGCUCACAGUCCUUUCAUCAUCAGGCUGUAUCGGACGUUCAGAGACUCUAAAUAUCUCUACAUGCUGCUGGAGGCUUGCCUCGGAGGAGAGCUGUGGACGGUACUGCAAGACAGGGGAUCAUUUGAUGACUGCAUCACUCGCUUCUACACGGGCUGUGUCAUCGAGGCUCUGGCUUUCCUGCACUCCAGAGGAAUCAUCUACAGAGACCUCAAACCUGAGAACAUCAUCCUGGACCACCGAGGAUACGCCAAGCUGGUGGACUUUGGCUUUGCUAAAAAGGUGGGUCUGGGUAAGAAGACGUGGACAUUUUGUGGGACUCCUGAGUACGUCGCCCCUGAGAUCAUCCUGAACAAAGGCCAUGACAGUUCAGCUGACUGCUGGUCUCUGGGAAUACUGGUCUUUGAGCUGCUCAGUGGCAGUCCUCCAUUUACAGGUUCUGACCCCAUGAAGACCUAUAACAUCAUCCUGAGAGGCAUCGACAUGAUCGAGUUUCCCAAGAAGAUCACCAAGAGUGCUGCUAACCUCAUCAAACGACUCUGCAGGGACAAUCCUUCAGAGAGGCUGGGAAAUCAGAAAAAUGGAGUGAAGGAUAUCCAGAAACACAAGUGGUUUGAGGGCUUCAACUGGGACGGCCUCCGCCAGGGAACCAUAGACUCUCCAUUCAUACCCACAGUGAACGGGCCAUUGGACAAUAGCAACUUUGACUAUUUCCCAGAGGACAUAGAAGGCCCUCCUCCUGACGAAGAGUCCGGUUGGGACCUCGAGUUUUAGCAGGACCGUCUGAAAGCUGACUGAACAAAGGAAACAGUGGGAACAGGAUUCUUCACAAAGAGGAAGUGAAGCCAUAUAAGAAAGAACUACAGCUUUUUCAUUUCUUACUAAUGUUUGCAAAAGUCAAAGGGCAAAACAAAGUCGUGAAAAGGCAUAGUGUACAAUAAUCACAGUGACUAUUAGGGCCACUGUAUUGGGACCAAAUCUGAGAUUUCAAGAAUAAAAUCUAAAUAUUUGAAUCAAAAAGUCAUAAAUUUGAGUAAAAGUCAUAUUACAAGAAAAAGUUGUAAUAUUUAAGUAAAUUAAUGAGAAAAAAAAAUCAUAAUGUGCUGAGAAUAAUCAUAUUAUAUUAAGAAUAGUCAUGCUACCUCGAGAACAAAAGUCAUCAAGAAUAAAGUCGAAAUUUUACAAAAAAAAAUCGUAAUAUGUAGAGAAUAAAAUUAUACUAUUUAAAAGAAAAAAGUCAUAAUAUAUCAAGAAUAAAAUCACAAUUUUACAAAAAAAACAAAUCCAGAUAUGUUGAGAAUAAUGUACUUUUUUGAGAAAUAGUCAUAAUAUCUCGAAAACAAAUCGUACAACAAAUUGUAAAAUGACAAGAAUAAAGUUGUAAUAUUUUAAGAAAAAAAGUUUACAUACAACUUUUUUCUCAAAAUUUUUUUACUUUAUUUUUGAAAUCUCCGAUUUGUUUCCCUAAUAGUGGCCCUAAUACUCCGUUCAACAAAGAUCGAUCAGAUUCAUUAUUUUCAAACCUGACUUUAGAAAGUUCCACAUAGAUUAAACCGCCAGCAGACUCUUUGUUAUAAAUUAUUACACAAAGUUAUUAUGUUUAACAUUUUCCCAGAUCGGUUCUUAUCAGGGUCCAAGGUCCAUCUAAUCCAGAAAAAGACGGGUUUAAUGGCAGGUUUAAUUUUAAAAAGAGAGAAAAUGCAGUUUCCUCAUGCAGCAUUGGUUCUACUUCAUUGUUGCCAAUAUUAUUAUUUUUUCACUGUAAUUUAUCAGUAUUUGACAUAUUCUGUUAUUCUAAGAUUGGUAAAUUCGGUGGCCGGUCCAAGCUUCCUUCCGAUUUAGUUUUCAUUCUUCUUAGCCAAUAUGUAACUUGUAUUGCAAUCCCUAUGAGGUGCCGCAAAGAAGUAGUUCAACAUUUUGGGAAAUAUGCUAAUUUGCUUUCUUUCUGAGUGAGAUGAGAAGAUCAACAUCAAUUCAUACUGACUGGACAAAUGAGCAUUGUGCUGCCUUCAGGUACCAGGCCUGCUGGCGUAUCAGAGAUACAUCAGAGCUGAUUAAACAAUAGAGCCACAGGGGUAAAUAUGACAGGGACAGCGUCUCUAUAAUCCCCAAGUUACCAAGAUGUGACAUUUAUGAGCUGAGAGAGGGAAAAUCUUGUCAGCAACUGACAGGAAAAGGAUAUGUCCUAUAUUUUCCAAUUAUAUUUUCAAUUUAACACUGUCACUCAUGAUACCUUUGUCUUCUGUCCCCAGUGAGUCACAUUUUCACCGAAGUAGAUUUGAGUUUAUCAGGAACUGACCGUUUGCUAAACCCCGUCCUCGAACAGCGAUUGGCUAAUCAUAGUUUAACAACCAGAGCAGGUCUGCCAGUCUUUGUAUUUCUUGAUGAAGAGAUACUCAGCAUUUAAAGCGUUUGGAGGGUCGUGUCUUUCUGUAGCCGUCACAAAACACAAGAACAGGAGUGAAUGAAUUAAACGUUUGUCUGCUCUAAAAUGCAUUCGUUAGCAUGUUCGGCUAACUAGCUUACCACCUACAGUAGUAACUCAGCGUUACUUCCAAGGAGAAGUUAGUUCAUAUGAUAAACUAACUAGGUUAAAUUAGUUUGUGGGGUUCAGGAUACGUUAGAAAAACCUCUGUUAACAAUUAGCACUGUGUAGUAUUUUUUGUAGUACUGGAUGAUACAUAAGGGAUAAUGUACAGCAAGCGUGUCGAUCAUUAUUGCUUCGCGUCGGGGUCCUGCGUCACCCUCUCGUGGUUUAUUUCACAAUAAUGACCCUCUCGCUGUACAUUAUCCCGCUAAUUAUAUGGCUACGUACUAAAGAAAUCAAUAAUUUGACACAGAAUAUUGAUUUUAAAAAGAUUUUAUUGUCUAUGAUCAGAACUGCGCCCACAGCAACGGUCUGUUAUUCAGGAACAAUAGACCGUAGAGUGCCGAUCAGAAUCGAGUGUUCAACAAAGCCAUAUAUCAGAGUUUAUGCUAACGUUAGCGGCUCUGUCCUGCUGUUUAUUUGGGGAAGUUUACACUCCAGCCAAACUUGUGUUAGAUAUCAUUACAUUACCUGUACUCAUUAGUCCAUAAACCAACUAAUGGAGCUAAUGUUAGCUUAAUUAGCUAGCUAGCUACAUCUGAUAAAAUCUGCUACCCCCUGUUGUAAUUUCAGCAAAAUCAGCGGUCGUCAGCUAGAAAUGAGAAGCCUGACCCUUUUUUUAAAAAGUUGUUAUGAAUUUUGAUGGUAAAUCUGUCACCAUUAUCAUUGUGAGCUGUAUAUAUGUUCCCCUGCAAGCACGAGAGCUUUCACAGGCAAAACACCAGUAACAGCCCUUUGUUGGUGGGCUUAGAAAAGGUUGUUGUUUGUAUGUGGUUUAUGUUUCCUCAGUGUUUGAAUUAGCAGUGUUGUUGACAGCUUGUGCUAAAAGAAUUCAGUAUUUUUGCACUGAAACCACAAAUGUUAGUUUUCAAGAAUGAAGCUACAUUUUAGUUUAGUUUGGUUUUAUAUUUUUUGGACCAUUUUAUCCUCCUUUAUGGUCUCUUUGUAUUGUAUACUUUGCCAUGGAGGUGGUUUAAAUACUUUUUUGGGGUAUUUUGCUGAAAUACAUUUAUUCGAGUACUGUAGGCUACUUAAGUACAAAUUUGAGGUACUUGUACUUUACUUGAGUAUUUCCAUUUUAUGUUAUUUAAUACUUCCACUCCACAACAUUUCGGAGGGAAAUAUUCUACUUUUUACUUCACUAUAUAUCUGACAACAUUAGUUACUAGUUACUUUAUAGAUUUUUGCACACAAAACAUAUGAAGAGCUUAUAAAAUAUGAUGUUUUGCUAUAAGUUAAACUACCCAGCAGUUUAUACAAAUAUAGCUAAAAUUAAAAAUAAAAAAAUUCAUUGGCAACUAUUUUGAUAAUCCUCCUUUAACCUUCUUCCCCAGUCACAGGGGACAUUUUUCUGCAUUGAGUACUUUUACUUUCAAGUACAUUUUACUGAUUAUACUUACAUACUUUAAAAGUACUUCCUCCACCACUGCUUCACACUGACAGUAACGUGGUUGUGGUUUCAUGUAAGUGACUGAGUUGUGUGUUUAUGAGGACUUCACUGUGUUCAGUUUGAGUAUUUGUAUUGAAUCAGGGAAUUAAUUAAAGAUUAAAACAAUACAUUUGACUGGAAAUAAGUGGAGCUAUGCUGCUUUAACAAGCCUCAGAGUUGAUCAUUUUUUCCACGUGGCUCUGGUUUGGAGAGGUGAGUGUGCUGGAGGGGGAGUUAAUGAAAACUAAAGUGUGAGAUGUUUAUCGGCGCCUGCUGACCUCCGGGCUAUUGAAGUCAGCAGAGUGCUGCGAGGUUCACUGGUUCCUGUGGUAAACCAGGCCACGAUGGAAACGCAGCCGCCUCCAGUAACGACUCUCCCACAAUUCGCUGAUAACUUACUCGCAGAUAAGACACACAGAUUUUUCCACAUCUCCUACAACAACAAGCACAGCUGGUUCGGUGCAGCACUGACAUCUAAAUCAGUUAUUCACCUGUGUCACAAAACCUUAAAGGGGCAGUUCACCCCAAAGUCCUUACCUGCAGAGCUGCUUAUCCAUCUAGAUCGCUUUGGUGUGAGUUGGUAUGAGUUUUGGAGAUAUCAGCAGUAGAGACGUCUGCAUUAUUUGAAUAUAAUGGGACUGUAUGGCGCUCGGCUCGUGGAGCACAAAGCGCCAAAAAAAAUACGUUUGAAAAACUCAACAGCAACGUCUCUUUCCAGAAAUCACGACCCGGUUACUCAAGACAAUCCACAGGUUUGCUGUGAGCAGUUUCAUGUAGGAACUAUCUGUAGAAAGAAAAUAGUUCCUACAUGAAACUGCUCACAGCAAACCUGUGGAUUAUCUGGAGUAACACCAAAACUGAACCAAAACAAUCUAGAUGGAUAAAGAGCACUACAGGCAGGAGUUAUAGAGCGGAGCAGAUGGCAAAGUUCAAACUAGACAAAGAAAAGUUUGACACUGUGGGAAUUAUCCGUAACUGUUUCUAAAAUAGUUGACAAAUACACUAAUUAGUACUUAAAUGUCCUUAUAUCUGCUUACAACUACUAUAUAGUGUGUUUAAUAAUUGUUUUUUUAAUAAAUAUUUUCUAUAUUGUUCUUAUGUCUUUGGCUAUACCUAUAUCUGUGCCGCUCAUUGUCAUCAGUGUGUUCCCGUGUUUUUUUUUUGUUUUUAGGAAUAUUUAUUUAUGACAUUGUCUAUUUUUUUUAUCUUGCUUUUUUUUGUCUUUGAUUCUAGAUGGUUUCUGCUCAUCAGUGUGUUCCUGUGUGUUUAAUGUCUGCAAACCUGAUGUACUUCGGGAUAAUAAUAAUAAAGUUUAAGUUGAAAACUGA